UCUCUCGGUGCGUCCGUCCGUUCCCUCCUCCGUCCGUGGGUGCGUUCGUUCGUUCUUUCGUUCGUUCGUUCGUUCGUUCCUUCUACUGGCGGGAAUUCAGCUGCAGAAGAACAAGAAGAAGUGGAAGUGGAAGAGGGACUAAAAGUAGUUGGAUCAGAAAGACAGGACUGGAUGGAAAUAAUGUGAGUGAAGUGAGUGAAUUGCAAGUCCUCCUCCAGAACAAGAGCACGACGCACGCACCACGAUGUCAAGGUGGACCUGAGUAGCGAUCUUGGUCACACCCGUUGUGUGCAUCCUCUCGUCCAUCCCUCUUCUGAUAUCCUAUCCUCUUCUCUUCAUUCAACUACCCCCUUGACCCACCAAUAUUAUUAUUAUUAUUAUUAUGAUCAUUAUUAUUGCCUCGCUGUUUAUUCAUUUGCUACCAUGAUAUAUGAAUCAGCCGGUCUUCCGUCUCGUGUCUGGUCCUGAAUCUGACGCUGUUUCUCCCUCACACGUUUCGUUUUCUUCAUGACUGAGUGAGCUCUCGACUCUCGAAAAAACCAGCAAAAUCCUCGCCAAUCCUUGUCAAAUCCACGACAAAGCUGAACCACCCAUAUUUGAGGGGGAACCUGAAAAGCCUUGCAAAAUACUCUCAACCACCCAUGUUUCUUCCAGAAGUGCCAAAAAUUCAUUUACAUGCCUGCAACCACCGCGAGACCAGAGCCGGAGCCCAACCCAUCCACCCUUGAAUCCAGAUUAGGUUGCCAAUCAACCUUUGAUUCAUCGCCAACGAUUCCAGCCGGGUCUUUGACUCUCUCUCUGUCUGUCUCUCCCUCUCCAGUAGUACUCGAAAGUCUGACAAAAGGUGGUUCGCUUGCUUGGAGCGUCAUUGUUAACGUUUGUCACCCUUGUUUUCAACUGAAAGUUACCGCCGGUUGUGCCAGAACUCGAUCUGAACCAGAUUUCUUCUACAAAAGUGACCUUUCUCGUGCAUUUGAUGUGUGUGUGUGUAUAUGUGUUAAUGUCCUCACUUCAUCGCCCAUCGUUGAAGAUCACUUGGUGCUGAAGCAAGAAACACCAAAACCACCCGAGAGCCAACCCUCAACUUACCAACCAAACCACUCACUACAAUCGCCAUUUGUCUCUAGUUGACGGGCAUUUUUCAUCCCAAAGUGUCGAUCGAUCCGGAGCUAGCCUCAUCUCAAUAUUUCAAGAGAACAUUAUCCUGUGGUGAUCAGAAAUUCAGAUUCACCGUCAAGCCAACCAAGCUACCUUUGUGCGUGAAAUUCAUUUUGGAUCUCGUCCUCUUGUCUCUCUAUCUUACCCGAGAACAACCUCUUUGCUGUGACUUGAAACCAUUUCCUAACUUGGGCGUGUUUACCAAUCCCACAAGUGACGGAAUCGAAACUCACUCCCCUCUCAAACAACAUCCUCACUGGCUGUCGGUUUGAAAUUGUGUGUGUGUGUGUGUUUCACUGUAUCUCCUUGAAACUUGUUAAAGUUACCAUGCAUCAUUGACUGUGAAACUCUGAUACCAAGUAAUCCGUUGGACUGAUUCAGUGUGAUCUCCCGUAAUCUCUUCCCAACAUGGCUUUGGUUCACAAGGCCAAAUUGACCCAUUACCUUAGCCCCACGACAAAACACGUGAAGGAGUUCUUCCAUUCAGUGACCUCUCUGUACUCGGAGGGAUGUCAUACCGAUCUCAACCUGGUCUGCGGGAGACCUGAUUCCGACCACAAGGGCUCCUCCAAAAGUAAAAGUGAUGGCCCCCUGGAGAAGUCAGAAACGGCCUCCACCGGGGCCUCGGAGAACUCUGACCCCCUGAACGAAGAGGAUCGUCCCGCUUCCCGUGAUUUAGAGCUCAAGGGCGAUUCCGAGGAGGACGUGUCUGGUAAAACUGGACUCGAUUCGUCAUCGCCUGCGUUUCGGUGCUUCAAAACCCAUCAGUUAAUGCUGGCCAGUUGUAGUCCAUUUGUGAGGAAACUCAUUCAAGACUCCAAGAACAAUGACAAAUGUUCUUGCGAUAAUGUUACCAUCAUGCUACCAGACUACGAAGCCAUCACCAUCAAGAACCUUCUGAGCAUUAUCUACACAGGAACCAGCUUAGGCAAUUGCUCUGUCAAGGAACUGAAGUCACUGAUUGCAGCUCUCCAAAUCGAUAUUACCAAGCUAACCACUCUGACUCCGUCCGGAAACAGGGACCAUGGUGAAUUCCCAGAUGUCGAACAAAACUUCACCGAAGCUGAUCAGGGAGAGGACAACGGGCCCAACGUCCCAUCGCCUGCUUCGGACCUCUUCAAUCACAAUCUUCCCGACGAGGACGAACCAGCCGACGACGAGAUGCUCGAGGUCACCCCCGAGGUGCAAAUGUUCUUUGGGGGCCACUUCCUGGCCGAGAACGGAGAUGAAGAGACUGACAAAGAUUCUCCGGGAAAGCAUCAUGGGAAAGAGAACCAGCAUAAUGGAAGCUCCAAUCUCAUGGAGCAAUCGCUUCAACGCUUUAAAGAAAUGGCCAGAAUGAACAACACGCCCCAAAAAGCGGCCGUUUACGAAAACGGGACGAACACUCCUACGCGUUCGGAUAGCACUGAUAAUAGUCUACUUGUACGCCCAUCGUCCACACACUCAUCUAUUCUGGGCGGAGCAGACAUGCUCUCCGACGGUCACGAUAAUCGGGCGUACGUAUGCCGAUUGUGCGGAAAAGCAAGCGGCAAUGGGGCAUCACUGUUCGCUCAUCUUUUGUACCCUCAUUACGCCCAUUUGUGGCGAACUGAGAUCCCUCAUCGUGCGGCCAAGUACGAUUGCAAAGAGUGCACUUAUACCACCACCAAACGUCAGCAUUUCGUGAUGCAUGUGGCCCGAGUCCAUGACGAUCUGAGGAGAAAACUGGCAGCUCUGGGCGAGAAUCUCGAAGUGUUGGAAAAUCUCACUCAGAAAUCUCACAACAGCAACGACAGAAUCAUAUCCAAUAUUGCCAAAGGUAUUUCGCCUGAUGAUCCAUACGGCCAAGAUGAGUCCUCCAUGCCGGCUACCACCAUCAAGGAGGAAACCAUCGACGGACCUGCGGUCUAUGCAAACCCAAGCAAGGAUCAAAACACGUCCAUGUCUGCGGAGACUGCCGCUAAUCUCGAAUCCUUGAAGACAGCGGCUCUUAUGUCACCGUACGAGAAUAUCAAUAAUCGCUAUCCUCGCGGUUACAAGCCUUUCGUGAAGUGCCGACUCUGUGGAAAGUCAUGGAAGGGCAAGGAUAACUUCUUCACUCACUUGGUGUCAACCCAUUUCAAGUAUAUGUGGGCCAACGAAGUGCCUAAAUCCGCAGAUAUGUACCACUGCCACGUUCCUGGAUGCUCGUACCAGAGCAAGUACCGAUACAACUUCCUCUUCCACCUGGCAGGCAAACAUAAACAGCUUAAGCACAAGUUAGCCCAAGAGGGGAUUCCUCCAGAUGUACUGAUCCCCAUCGAAACCGAUGGCAGUGAGUUGGAAGGACCGGACGACACGAAUGGAACUGGACCGAGCUCGUUGAACUCCUCGUCCUUGCUGAGCAGUCCAGCUGAUCUUCUCCGUCAGUCCAAGAUCCUUAUGCACCAACAAAAGGUGAUGAGUGCCACAACCACCCCAGCCACGCCUUCUCCGACGGUUAAGAGUGGUGGCGGCCAUCCGGGUGGGAAACCCAAUGCCAACAACACCCGUCUGAUUUGCCGCGUGUGCAAGAAAAUGUCAUACAAUCAUACGUGCCAUCGCCAACAUGUGGUUGGCAAGCACUUCCAGGCCUUCUGGGCCCACCUCUCCGCUGAUGGUUUGGGAGUGUUCAAUUGUCACCACCCCGGAUGCUCUUACAAGACUCCCAACCGAUCUGUUUUUGUCAUUCAUCUGGCGUAUGUCCAUUCAGAACUCAAAGACAAACUCAUUGCCAGUGGAAAGGAUCCGAACUGUGCGAAUCCCGACGUGUAUGGGAAACGAAAGCACAGACGGACCUUUUACGAGGCACCCCCCACCAAUGGAGGGGGGGCAACGGGGUCGUUGGCUGAUUUAACCGGCAGCCCAGCCAUGGACGGCAACCUCUCAGCUCAGCUAUCUUCCGCCGCGGCCUCCCUCUUUGGCAAUGGAUUCAGCCUUCAGGCCGUGACCCAGCAGUUGCAGCAGCACAUUCUCAGCCAGCAGUUGAUGCUCCAGCAACAACAGCAACAUCAGCAACAUGAAUCUCCCGCUCGGAACGAUAACAAGCGGCCGAAACUGCAUCAUGCACGUGUUCCCGAAGAGGGUGAAAUGGAUCUGCGCAUCCCCGAAGAGGUGGACGAUGAGGAGGAGGAAGAAGAAGAGGACGACGUUGAAGACCUCGAUGACUAUGACCAAAGUUUGCUAAACCAGUCGGGUGCGAAUGUCGGUGGUGCUGCUUCGGCUGAACAUGCUUCCAAUAUGUCGUGGUAAUCCCAGAUUGCCCGGCUUGAUCAACUUGAUCCUCCAAGAAUUAACACAACCUACACAACAAGACAAUUCUCCAUUUCCUCAAACUUACCAAAAAGCUCGUUUGAAUCCCAAACCUACUUACCAUUAUUAUACCCCACUCUCUUCUGCUCUCUAGCGGCAGCCUAAACCGAAAUGCUACGGCGCUCUACUUUUCUCACGGCUCGCUCUCGGCCUUCUAGUGUAUUCUAUUUUAUAAAAAACUAUUUAAGUCCGUGUCCGCUCCCCCCAGUACAGAAUUGUCAUUUAUUCCCACUACUACCAAACCAAACAACUGUCUUCGUUUUUGUGUCCUCGAAACCUCUAGUAGAUUACCACCCGACGAACCUCCGUCCUUGGUUCCUUAAUGACUCCCCACUCACUCGAACUCUGUCCCCAAACGAUAUAGGUUAAUUUUGGUUGUUGCGGCCACGGCCGUGGCAUGAACGAAUCCUUUCUUGUUCCGUUUUUUUCCUUUACUUACGAUUUUUUGUUCCUUGCCUCUCUUCGUCAGAGUGAUCCCUUCACCAAUCCCGCCAAGAUUCAUUCGUGCGCGGGAGAUGAGAUACCUUUUGAAUGUACAUCGUCGAGCUAUCAACAAAGUAUUUGUAGAAUAGAACUUGCCUUACAUGCAAACUAA